CACGUGCCACCAACUCCCUCCUCUAAUGCACACCACCUCUGUCGGGUACCGUGACUAUGGAUGCUACUGUUGUGCCGUUCUAUCCGGUGACGACUGUCGCUCCGGCGAACAGCCGCCGGGCAACUCACCCUUCUACAAAGUGGUAAUCAUCACAGCCGGCCAUGAGGUACACUGGACUAUGUUUGAUAUCCACACCUUCUCGACUGUGAAACCGAGCUGGAGUACAACGCGCUCCCAUGAAAUUAUGUGGGGCAAUACCCUCGGAUCAUUCUGUCAAACCGACGCCGUCGUCUGCCACGGCGUUGCGUACUGGCUAUUUCGUGAUGACAGAGAAGGGUGUUUCCAUCUCGUUAAACUGAUGAUUGGCCAGGACGACUAUCUCACAUUGACGUGGCUCCCGGUCGAGAUGUUGCCUGACCGAGAUCACCGCCCGUGCCUUCGCUUGAACAGCGAUGACACGCUCUCGGUGCUACAGAUGCAAGAGACAGGUUUCCAGCUACAAAUAUGUAGACAAGAGAGACAAGAGAGUUUCUAUGGUAGCUCACAAUGGCUCCACCCUCAGACGAUCGAGCUGAUACACCCAUACUGGAAGAAGACGGCCCAAGGAAAAGACACACUUUCCAUACUGGGAGAGAAGUGUGGCAAAUUGCUUGUCAUGGAUGGGCGCGGGCGCGUGUACGCCGCCGACCUCGAGACCGGAGCAAUGAAGGAGGUGGCUGACGGGCCUCACGCACGCCCCAACAGCCCUCUCGAUGCCGUGCUCUUAGAGAUGGACUGGCCGGCGUUCUUCGUUUCACGUCUUGGUACUGACAGUGGAGAGGAAGCUGCAAGAAGAAGAAGGCCCAAGGGAAAAGGCGGUAGGAAGACUCGCAGCCAUGCCUAGGCAGCAGAUAGAGGAAUUAAUAUUAGGUUGUGUGUGUUUUGUUGGUGGCAAGUAGCUAUUUCGGUUU